CUCGCUAAGCUAAGCUAACCCAGCUUUCCAUCUUCCACAUCCCGUUCGGCCUAAUCCUCUCUCUUUUGUGUCGUGCUUGUACCGACGAAAAGGAAAGUGAACCCCCGCCCGGCCUCCUCCGAAUAAAAUCUUGGGAAGCUUGAGGUACUCGAUCGAUCGGUUCCAUGGCGUCCAUAAUCAUCAUCGCCGUCGUGCUCACCAUGGACAUCUUCGCCUUCGUCCUCGCCAUCGGCGCCGAGCGCCGCCGGAGCUCAGCUUACGUGAACGUCGACGAGACCGGGCGGUCGUACUGCGUGUACAGCUCCGACGCGGCCACGGCGUACGGCGUCAGCGCGCUGCUGCUUCUGCUCGCCAGCCAGGCGGUGGUCAUGGUGGCCAGCCGGUGCUUCUGCUGCGGCCGCGCGCUCUCGCCGGGGCGGUGGCGGGCGUACUCCGGCGUCUGCUUCAUCGUGUGCUGGAUCACGUUCGUGAUCGCGGAGCUGUGCCUUCUGGCCGGAUCGGUCCGGAACGCGUACCACACCAAGUACACGCCGCGGUUCCGUGGCGGCCCGCCCGACUGCGCGAUGCUGCGCAAGGGCGUCUUCGCCGCCGGCGCCGCCUUCGCCUUCCUCACCGCGCUCUUCAGCGAGCUGCACUACCUCUUCUACGCCAAGGCACGCGACGUCGCCGCCGUGCCCCCGCCCAUCGUCGGCGGCAUCGGCAUGACCCGCAUGUAGCCACCCGGUUCUCGUCACCGGUGCCUCAUCGUCCGUUUCUAGGAGUGCAUGGCUUGGCUGCCUGUACAUUCGUCGAUGCCCAGAUCGGGCGUGUUCCACCAGUCCUUGACCGGUGUGUGAUAGUACUGUGACGUGUUGUUGCCUUGUGCUGCGUGUGAAUCUCAUCCCCGUAGUUCUGUCAGGAACAGAACAUACCUUACUCGGCUGGAAUGGAUUUUUCUGUGCAUACAUUCAGAAGGAAUCAUGUAAUGCGGAGAUGA